AUGUAUGUCUAAAAUAAUCCCCAUAAAAUCCACUAAAAUCGAUCUCUAUCCUUCACUGAAAACCACUCCAAAUUUAAUAAUAAUUAACUUAAUCAAUUCAUAAAGGAAUAAUUGUUUGAAUUAAAAAGAAAAAGAAAACUUCCAUCCUUAAUUUAAUAAGAAUCUGAUUAUCUUAUGGAUGAGAUAAAUAAAAUAAAUAAUAUUUAUAAGAUUCCUAAUAUUAAAACCUAACUUGCAAUACCAAAGAUCAGUUAAUUGUAAAAUUCCAAAUAGAAUUCUGUCAAUAAGUUAAAACCUUCAAUUAUACUCUCAGAAAAUAGACCAUAUAGACUACGCACAUAUUUAAAAUAAACAUAACCAAUUAUUAAAAUAAACAAUAUAAUCAUCAAAAAUGAAGACCCAUGUUAAUAUUGA